CAUCGUUUGAGGACAUUAGAUCAAUUAAGUAAGAAUGGCUUCGCAGCAACAGAACAAAGCUGAGCUUGACAGGAGGGCCAGGGAAGGGGAGACCGUCGUCCCCGGUGGCACCGGUGGCAAGAGCCUGGAAGCGCAGCAGCACCUUGCUGAAGGAAGGCAGAAAGGAGGGCAGACACGGAAAGAGCAGCUGGGAACGGAAGGAUAUCAGCAGAUGGGACGCAAAGGCGGUCUCAGCACCGGAGACGAGUCCGGCGGGGAGCGUGCCGAGCGUGAAGGUAUUGACAUCGAUGAAUCCAAGUUCCGAAACACCUAGAAGAUCUAACCACCCUACCUAAAAUCAACAA